AUGAUAAGAUCCUCGUUUAAAACUACCGGUUGUUCAGGUUUAUUUUGCGCAACGAGCGAAGUGGAAAACGGCAUUUAUCGUGUGGACACAUGCUAUAUGUACACCAUAACACAGAUACGAACAAUUAAUAUGCUGUCAAACAACUCUAUGGAUGAUCAGAACGAUUUAUGGCUUAGUGUACUUAUGGACAGGUUCAUGUCCGGUUGUCUUACUAAAAAAGUUUAUUUAUCAUCUCAAACAGCGGUAUCAUCCAAACAAAUCUUUCUGAUUCGCUUGAACCAACCAUGCCACGGGCUAGUUCAUUGCAUUUUCCGUUAG